GUGAGACUCAACUAUGGCUUCCUUCUCGUAGUGAUGGAGGUGCACUGUUGACAACAAGACACAGUUGGAGCUUUACUCAUUUUUUUUAGCCGCUGAUACGACUUGGACUUACGAUGCAGAAGAUCAAGUCUCUUAUGGCCCGUCAGGGCCUGAAAAGCCCCCAGGAGAGCAUGGCAGACCUCAGUCCUGUGGAGAACCUGAGAAUCCCGAGCAAGGAGGAGCUGCGGGAGCUGAGGGAGCAGCCCAUCGACCCCCAGGCGGAGCAGGAAAUCAUCGACAGCAUCGAGGAGGUCUACUUCUCAAAUGACUCCUUCGACAUGGUGCAGCAUGAACUGGAGAAACUCCCGCCCGAGUUGAACCUGCAGGAGUUGGAGGAAUACAGAGACAAACUUAAAAGGCAACAGGCAGCAGUUUCCAAAAAGGUCGCCGAUCUCAUUCUGGAGAAACAGCCUGCUUAUGUGAAGGAGCUAGAGAGAGUGACGGCGUUACAGACCAACCUGCAGCUGGCAGCAGUCAUUUGCACUAAUGCAAGGAGGCAACUGAGUGUGGCAAAGGAGGGAUUCACCGAGGCCAGCCUCGGUCUCCUGGCCAAUCAGAGAAGGCGACAACUGCUAACAGGCCUGCUCAAGUCUCUGAGGACCAUCAAGACCCUGCAAAGAACAGAUGUAAGACUCAGCGAGAUGCUUGAGGAGGAAGAUUAUCCAGGUGCAAUCCAGCUGUGUCUGGAAUGUCAGAAGGCCGCCAGCACCUUUAAACACUACAGCUGCAUCAGCGAGUUGAAUUCCAAACUACAAGACACUCUGGAGCAGAUCGAGGAGCAGCUUGACGUCGCUCUGUCGAAGACUUGUAAGCACUUCGAUGUCUCGCACUACACCAAGGUCCAGCUGGCCUACACACUACUGGGGAAAACACAGACUGCUAUGGACCAGUUACACAUGCACUUCACCCAGGCCAUCCACAACACAGUGUUCCAAGUUGUGCUGGGAUACGUGGAGCUGUGCGCCGGCAAUGCCGAUACCAAGUUCCAGAAGAUGCAGUAUAAGGACCUGUGCACGCAUAUUACCCCGGACAGCUACAUUCCCUGCCUGACAGAUCUGUGUAAGGCAUUGUGGGAGGUGAUGCUAAGCUACCACCAUACUAUGCAGUGGCACGAGGAGCAUGACAAACAGGAGACCACACCCACUCCAGAGGAUGCUGCUGCCGCCGAGUCCGAUGAGCUGGCCGUGGACCGCAGUUAUGUGAAGAAGAAGUUGGAGCAUGGACUGACACGAAUCUGGCAGGAUGUCCAGUUGAAAGUGAAGGCCUACAUCCUGGGGACAGACAUGUCGAACUUCAAAUACGACGAUUUCAUAGUGGUACUGGAUGUCAUCAGCAGGUUGAUGCAGGUGGGUGAGGAGUUUUGUGGCAGUAAGUCUGAGGUCCUGCAGGAGUCUAUCAAACGCCAGAGUGUCAACUACUUUAAAAACUACCACAGGGCCCGACUAGAGGAGCUGAGGAUGUUUCUGGAAAAUGAGACGUGGGAACUGUGUCCAGUCAAGUCUAACUUUAACAUAGCCCAGCUCCAUGAGUUUAAGUUUAUGGGUCAGUGUCGCUCGCCUUCAGUUUCCCCGAGUAGGCAGGCCGCGUCUUUGAGCAGCUCGGCCCAGGAGGAGCUGUCCCUGUUCCAGCAGUACCAGCGAGAGGGAAACCCCUUUGAGAUGCACAUGGAGCACAAGGAAGAGGAGACGGAGGAUGUGCUGGCAUCCAAUGGGUACGAGUCAGACGAGCUGGAGAAAAGCGUGUACCAGGAUUACGACAGCGACAGCGAUGUCCCAGAGGAGCUCAAGCAGGACUACGUUGAUGAGCAGACGGGUGAUGCUCCUCUAAAGAGCGUACCCCGAGAAACCAUGAGAACCAAGAAGAAGUCCGACUACAACCUCAAUAAGACCAACGCACCAAUUCUCACCAACACCACGCUCAACGUCAUCCGGCUUGUUGGAAAGUACAUGCAGAUGAUGAACAUUUUGAAGCCAAUUGCCUUUGACGUCAUCCACUGCGUAUCACAGCUUUUCGACUACUACCUUUACGCUGUGUACACUUUCUUUGGACGCAACGACAUGCCCGUCCCAAGCCCAUCUUUGCAAGCUCACGGCAGCAGAGAGGCGGGCACCGCCAGGGUUGUGGGCCCUGCCUGCUUGUAUGAGUCAUCAGGUCUGGGCCUUAUCAGCAGCAGACUGAGAACCACACUGAACCGGAUCCAGGAGAGCCUCAUUGAUAUGGAGGCUGUCGGGGAGAACGCAGGGGUGCAUGGCCCAGCAGAGGACAGGAAGGAGAAGGUGCCCAGCCCCCAUCUCAGCCAGCUGGUGGUCCUCACUAACAGCGGGACUCUCUACGGGCUGGCACAAAGGGUGGUGGCCACAGAGUCUCUUGUGUUUCUGGCAGAGCAGUUUGAGUCCUUGCAGUCCCACUUGGACGCGAUGAUGCCUGCAGCCAAGAAGCCCUUCCUGCAGCAGUUUUAUUCCCAGACGGUGUCUACAGCCAGCGAACUGCGGAAACCAAUUUACUGGAUCGUGGCGGCCAAGGCCAUCGACUAUGAACAAAUGUUGCUCAUGAUGGCCGGAGUUAAAUGGGACAUUAGGGAGAUAAUGUCCCAGCACAAUGUAUAUGUGGAUGUCUUGUUAAAGGAGUUUGAGCAAUUUAACAAGCGGCUGGGUGAAGUUUCCAGACAUGUGCGCAUCCCCCUGCCUGUGUCCAACGUCCUCUGGGAACACUGCAUCCGUUUGGCCAACAGGACUCUUGUUGAGGGCUACGCUAAUGUAAAGAAAUGCAGCAAUGAGGGCCGGGCCCUGAUGCAGCUGGAUUUUCAGCAGUUCCUGAUGAAGCUGGAGAAGCUGACUGACCUGCGCCCCAUCCCUGAUAAGGAGUUUGUUGAAACCUACAUUAAGGCCUAUUACCUGACUGAAAAUGAUAUGGAGCAGUUCAUCAAGAAUCACAGGGAGUACUCCAUGAAGCAGCUAGCCAACUUGGUGAACGUUUGUCUCGGCUCACAUAUAAACAAAAAGGCUCGCCAGAAACUUCUGGCAGCCAUCGAUGACAUUGACAGACCCAAGAGAUAGACCAAUGCACAGAGAGAAGCCCAAACAUACUAUCCAUCCCACAGAGAUGAACCCUCCAAGAGUGUAGCUCAGCGUUGAAUGUCUUCAUUUUCAAGUCUAAAAGGUGCAUUUAGCAAGCUGGAAAUAAGUAGCAGAGCUAUUGCGCACUAGCUCUAAUACUGUACAUUAUCUGCUAAUUGCUAAUUAUGUGCUAAUCUAGUCUUCAUAUGGUAAAAAAUAAUUAACUCCUGCUUGCUUGAACGCACCUUUUGAUUUGCCGAUAUACAUAAAUACUAAACCUCUGUUUACUUCCAAGCAUGUUGCAGGCAUUCUAUGCAUAUACGGACCAGAAUGCAUGCCCUCAUGUUUUCUUACAACAUGACAUUUUUCUGCAACCGCAACAGCUUACGUUUCUUUGAAGAUCCCGAGUUUGUUUGUCUGCUGCUCACUGUGUAAUGCGGUGUGUCCGUUUAGCACUCGGCUGCUUGUGGCUUUCCACCCUCCGCAAAAAAAGCCAGUGAACAUGUGCGAGUGGCUAAAUCUGACUCUUAAUGUUGUUACGCUUUCCCACGAGAACAUUUUAAAACGCCUUUACUGUCUGAAUGUGUUAACUGAAGUCAGUGGUUCUGGGUUAUUGUUGACCUUAAUCGUUCACUGUAACUUAUUGCAGGCAAUACGCUCGCUGUAGAUGAUUUCACUUCGGGGUAUUUGCUGCGUCAGACUGGAUUCUCUGCUUGGUCGUUUAGUUAGUUAUGUCCAUGAAUUAGAUGACUCUAAAUGAAUGAUGAUUCUGAAAGUAAUAUAAAUUGCUGUAGUUAGCAUUUGUUUGAUUGGAUUAUAUCUGCACCAGCUGCAUUUAUUUAUCUGCCAUCUGUCAUAUCCUUUUUUUUUUUUUUUUUUUUUUUUGGACGAGCAGUAGAAUUUGGCUCAUUUUUAUCUAAAUUUGAUAGGCUCCGAUAGUUUAACCUGAACGGACUUGCAGAGAUGUUUGUAACCGUAACUUCCUCUGGAGAAAAACAAACAAACAAAGGUUUUGCUUCACCUUUGUAUAUAUUUUGUGUGCAACUAUUCCAAGAAGAAUACUGUAAAUGUGAAUGUUUGAGCAAUGUCUGUAUUUAUUUCUUGCUUCGUGUCUUAUUUGGGGGUUUUUUUUUAUAUGAUAUAACUGCUGGAAGUGUACUGUAAUAUAUCACCUCUCAGUAUGUUGUGACGUAUCACCUGAAGCAUAAACAAAUAUUUAAAACUGUCAUAUUAUGUGAAGGGUCAAGUGCACUAUAAUAAAUUUAAAAAAAUCAAUAAAAAUCAUUAAUCGGUGUUGGAAUUUUAGGUUGAACCACAAUGAUUCUAACGCAAUAAACACACUAAAGGUC